AUGGACGAGGCUGAUGAUAUGACUUACCUGAACGAGAGGGUCAAUGUUAAGUUGAAAUUAUGGCAUUCCGUGCUAACCUCAAAUCCAAAAAACGUGUCCGCGAAGAAUAGCGAAUCUUUAACCCGUCCGAUAGAACUCGAAACAGGCGGUAUCCCGACUUUAGACCGGAUUUCAUUCAACUCAUUCACCCAAACUCUCGACUCAUAUGUGAUCAUCAUUGGAACGAUUAUAGCGCAUCGAAAUCUCUCCAUAAAAGGUUCAUUCUCCAUAUUGGCGUGA